GGCAGCGCGGUCCGGCCCGGCCCGGCCCGGCCCGGGCGCGCCGCUCCCCGCUGCCAGGGUGCCGCUUCCGAGGGUUUCUCCUCCCCGUUUUCCCCGUGUGCCCGCAGCCAUGUGGCCCGUGUCGCUUCUCCUAGGCGCCUUCCUGCUCUGCGGCCCCGUGCGCGGCGGCGACGGCGGCGGCGGCUCGGCUUCCACAGCUAUCACAUGCUUUACAAGAGGACUUGACCUUCAAAAGGAGACAGAAGACGUCCUUUGCCCAGCAAACUGUCCUCUGUGGCAAUUUUAUGUCUUUGGGGAUGGAGUUUAUGCCUCCCUUUCCAGUGUCUGUGGGGCUGCCAUCCACAGAGGGGUGAUCACCAGCGCAGGAGGAGCUGUAAGGGUACAGACUCUCCCAGGACAGGAGAACUACCCUGCGGUAAAUGCCAAUGGGAUCCAGUCUCAGAUGCUCGCCAGAUGGGCUUCAUCUUUCUCAGUGACUCGUGCCAAGAGCGUAGCACUUGAAGUAGUUGGACGAUCAAUAUCAACAGCACGUCCCUCUACAGGCAAAAGACCUAAGAAGCCCCUUGAGAAAAAGGCUGGAAACAAAGACUGUAAAGCUGAUAUUGCAUUUCUCAUUGAUGGAAGCUACAAUAUCGGCCAGCGUAGAUUUAAUUUGCAGAAAAACUUUGUUGGAAAAGUAGCUGUGAUGUUGGGAAUCGGAACGGAAGGGCCUCACGUGGGAGUCGUACAAGCCAGUGAACAUCCAAAAAUUGAAUUCUAUCUGAAAAACUUCACUGCUGCAAAAGAUGUUUUGUUUGCCAUAAAGGAACUGGGGUUCAGAGGAGGCAAUUCAAAUACAGGGAAAGCUUUGAAGCACACAGCUCAAAAAUUCUUCUCUUUGGAAAACGGAGCACGCAAAGGAAUUCCCAAGAUCAUUGUAGUGUUCUUAGACGGUUGGCCCUCCGACGACAUCGAAGAAGCUGGUAUAGUGGCCAGAGAAUUUGGAGUCAAUGUUUUCAUCGUCUCUGUAGCAAAACCCACAACUGAGGAGCUGGGAAUGGUGCAGGACAUUGCUUUUGUUGACAAAGCCGUCUGUCGAAAUAAUGGCUUCUUCUCUUACCAAAUGCCCACCUGGUUUGGUACUACCAAAUACGUAAAACCUCUUGUCCAAAAGCUGUGUUCACAUGAGCAAAUGCUGUGUAGCAAGACGUGCUACAACUCCGUCAACAUAGGGUUUUUGAUCGACGGUUCUAGCAGUGUUGGAGACAGCAACUUCCGCCUCGUGCUUGAAUUCAUCAGUAAUGUUGCAAAAGCUUUUGAGAUCUCUGAUAUUGGCUCCAAGAUUGCAACGGUGCAGUUCACGUACGAGCAACGCACCGAGUUCGGCUUCACCGACUACACCACGAAGGAAAAGGUUCUCGCUGCUAUCCAGAACAUCCGUUACAUGAGCGGUGGCACCGCUACCGGCGAUGCCAUUUCCUUCACCACAAGAAACGUGUUUGGGCCGAUGAAAGAUGGACCCAACAAGAAUUUCCUUGUUGUUUUGACUGACGGGCAGUCUUAUGAUGAUGUUAGAGGGCCUGCUGCUGCUGCACAAAAAGCAGGAAUUACAAUCUUCUCUGUUGGUGUUGCCUGGGCACCCGUGGAUGACCUGAAGGACAUGGCUUCUGAACCAAGAGAAUCUCAUACUUUCUUCACUAGGGAGUUCACAGGAUUGGAGCAGAUGGUUCCUGAUAUUAUCAGAGGCAUUUGUAAAGAUUUUUUGGACUCUAAACAAUAAUGCAAAAAAGCUGCUGUUGGAUAUUACUUCUUUGAAACUAAAAUCAGGAAACUGAAAUGGUCCCUCUAAAGUACAGAUGUUUUAUUCUUAUAAUAUACCGUCAUAAUAUAAGGGAAUAAGUUAUGACAGGCUACAUUCUGUUUCUGUGGUCAAUCAAAGAUUCUUGCGAGCUCCUCAGAAGUUGUACUUGACAUGAGAAUACAGAAUUUGGCCAACAACUAUUAUUUUCAAUACUUGUAUAUUAUCUUUCUUACACUUAAGGCUAUCAGGUAUCAGCUGUAUGUAUAUAAAGAAAACAUAAUAGAGCUCUGAAACUUGCACUGCCACUUACUAGAUGUCUUCUCAUGCAUUAAAAUUAAUAUAAUUUUAAAUACACAGCACUAAUUUCAAUGAGCCUUCUGUAGCCUUAGACUCUUUUCCAGGAGUUCUCUUGAUGAUAGUGUGAGUAUACAACUAACUAGCCCUGGGAGAAUAGCCAAGACCUUUUUAGUGCCUCAGUUGUGCAACAUCCACUAUUGCCAGGCAGUUUAUUAAGAAGGAGGAUGACAGAUUGUAGCAGGACGGUCUGUUUUUACCAGCUGAGAUUUUGCUAGUUCGGAUGAUACUGCCAUCUGGUUGGCAGAGUUUACAUUAAAAAAAAAAACCAUCUCACUUCUACCGAUCAAUGCUGUUGGGUACUUUUGGCACAGACUUUCAGAGCACUGUAGUGUAGUUUCUUUUGAGGAUCUGGGUCCUAAUACAUUAACUGAUACUACUAGCUAAUGCACCAGUGAAGUCAGUAGUAAUAUUCCUACUGUGUCUGAUAAUCUGGAUUUUUUUUUCUCUCUGCUGCCUUGAUUUUACAAAGUUGUUAUUGGCUAGACAAAGUUCAAGACAGGGAUCUUAGGCAAGGAGAUUAAAUUAGAUGGUGUACAGGAAAGUGAAAGCGUUUAAAUUGAAAUCCAAAAUUAUCUUAAGCCUUGAAACUUAACUGGUUUAUAUGAGAUUACUUAGAUGGCUAGGAGACAAAAAAAAGUAGGCAGAGGCAUUGGUGGGAAUUGGUAACUUGCAGAAUAAGUUUUCUAAUGCUAGUAAAACCAUUUAAGACGUGACAUUUUCUGAAGAUGGCAAAAACAGUUUUCUGGAAAAGUGGCUUUGAAUUGAUUAUGUACCCAGUAACACGUUGAUAUUUUUUAUACCAAUUUAUAUGUGGUUAAAAUGAUGCUCUUUCUGAUGCCUGGAGAGAACAACGCACUUCAACUUAAGUAUUGUUUAAAUAAUUCACUUCUUGCAAGUGAAACACACAGUGGGAAACAAAGCAGCACUUUCUCAUUCAGCUGUCACUUGAGGGUUCCCUUUUGUUGUAUUUUUUGUGCUAUUGAUUGUAAAAUUCUUAGGAGUUGUGAAUGGUACAGAAGGGAUCAUAUUUAUCGGGCUUUUGUAGUGUAUUUUUUUAAUAACUUAUGACUGGCUAUGUAUUACACUAAACAUGAAUGGCAAGGAUGCCUUGUAUUUUUCUAUUGAUUGCUAACCUUAAUUUUGUUAUGUGUUUAUAGAUACGGUAUUCAGCUAUUGUUUUUCAAAUUCAUAUGCAGUAUCAACUUUGUGCAAAAAAUCCAUUUAGCCAAAACUUUUUACAGAAGUAUACCCAUUGCAAGAAAGCUGGGCUUGCAGCUCUCUGUUUUAUUGUGCUGUAAUGUAAAAGUCUUUUUAUGAUUGAAUAAGUCAGAUUUA